GCGCUCAGGGCGGUGUAGCCCGCAUGUCGGAUCCCCAGCUUAUCAAAGAAAUCAAACAGGCCGUAACCAUCCCCGUUAUGGCCAAGGCCCGUAUCGGUCACUUCGUCGAGGCACAAAUCCUCGAGGCUAUCGGAAUCGAUUACGUGGACGAAUCAGAAGUCCUCACUCUCGCCGACGAUGAGAACCACAUCAACAAGCACAAUUUCCGCAUCCCUUUUGUCUGUGGAUGCCGUAACCUCGGCGAAGCCCUCCGCCGUAUCAGGGAGGGCGCCGCCAUGAUACGCACCAAGGGGGAAGCCGGUACCGGAAACAUCAUUGAGGCCGUCCGUCACGUGCGUUCCGUGAUGGGUGAUAUCAGGGUGCUGCGAAACAUGGAUGAUGAUGAGGUUUUCACUUUUGCUAAGAAACUUCAGGCACCGUACGAUCUGGUGAUGCAAACAAAACAGCUCGGAAGGCUCCCUGUGGUCCACUUUGCAGCAGGUGGGGUGGCAACACCAGCAGACGCAGCGCUUAUGAUGCAGUUGGGAUGUGACGGAGUGUUCGUGGGUUCUGGAAUUUUCAAGAGUGGUGACCCUGCCAAAAGGGGACGCGCUAUCGUGCAAGCCGUGACUCAUUACAGUGACCCAGGACUGCUGGCUGAAAUUAGCUGUGGGCUUGGUGAGGCUAUGGUUGGAAUUAAUCUUGAUGAUAAGGUGGAGAGGUAUGCUAAUCGUUCCGAGUGAGAUGGUUUGUAAGUCUAGAAAACUCUUAAUUUCGUUUUAAAUGUUUACAGUAAUUGAGGUUAAGGAGCCUUCUCUUGUGCUUUGGAUGAGCGUAUUUUAUACUUUGGGAUAUGUUCUUCGGUAUAUUGUAGUUUUAAUUUUCUGGCCAGUUGUUAUUUCAGCAGGUUUCAGUACUGAAACCAUUGGAAUGGGAUAAUGUUUUUUACUUAAGUGGAAUGAUUAAGAUUCAUUUAGUAAUGCAUUUGGAUAUUCAGCUCUGUAAAA